AUGGAAACAUUUCAAGAGUUAAUCAAUAAACGUUUACCAGUGAAUUUUCAAAUGAAAAAAUGUAAAAUUAUUGAUUAUUAUUUCAUAUUUCAUGCAUUAUUUAUUAAUUAUAUUCAAAUAAUAAUAUGUGACCAAACAUCAAAUAUUGAUACAACAAAUCAUAAAUCUGAUAAAUUAUCUUCAAAUUUAAUCAAUAUUACAAAACAUAAUGGUCAUAGCAACAAAAUAAAGGAAACUAUUGAUAAUUCUAUUCCUAAUGUUGGUUUACAAGCUGCAGUGAUUUCUAGUGCAGGAUUAAUUGGUGAUGGAGUAGUAUCUUCUAAUAAUAUACACUUUGAGGAUAAAUCUGUAGAAGAACGUAAAACCUAUAUUCGAUUAAGUCAACCAAUGCGUAACUUAACUCGUUCAAUCGGAGCAAAAGGAACAUUUUAUUGUGAUAUUCUUGGUGAACCUAUACCUCAAUUUCAGUGGUUUAAAAAUGGUGAAAAAUUGUUAGAAAAACCGAAUAAAAUUAAAAUAACCACUGCCUUAUGGGGAAGCGCUUUACGUGUGGAAAAAUUACAUAAUUCUGACAUUGGGCAGUAUUUGUGCGUUGCAACUAAUCCAUCUGGAACAUUGAAUGCCACAGCUUAUCUGCAAUUAACAAGUAAAACUUCCAAGUCAAAUAUACUUGUGAAACCAAUUUUACAACAAGAAAAUCAAUAUCUUAUGAAUUCAAUAACUGCUGAAUCUGAUGGUUUCUGUCAAGAAUUUCAUAGUAAUGUCUGUGGUAAAUACCUUAUGGGUCAUCGUGUCUAUGUAACAAGAGAAUUUCAACAAGCUCUUAUAGAAACACAAAUAUCUAAAUUUCUUAAGCUUACUGCAACUCAAUCACUACAUCGUGUACGAGAAGAUUGUUUAAGACGUUUAAUGGAAGCAAUUUGUUAUUACAAUUUUCCAGUGUGUUUAGAAACAAAACCAGUUUCUUUUGAAAAUGAUGUUUCAAGCGAAACACAAUCAUUAAAUGAGAACUCCAUGCGUUAUUUAUAUCAGACACGUCAUUUAUGCAGACAAGAAUGCGAAAAUGUAAUGCAAAAUGAAUGUGGACCAACAUACGACUAUUUGGAUAGAAAAAUUCUGUAUGACUUACCGGAAAUGAUUAUGGAUUGUUCACGUCUACCGAUUUAUUCACUGGAUAAUCCACAAACAUGUCGUCGUAUAGGUGAACCUUUGAUUCUGUCAGAACAAAUAUCAGAAUACAGACAAGAUAAUGAUGGACAAUUCUGGGAAGAGCAUAAUAUGGCGGCACCAUCAUCUGGUCAUUUGAUAGAAAAGAAUGGAAAUGGUGUCUUAUCAUCUAGUCAAGACUUAAAUACUGCGUUAUCAACUGGUCCUGAUUUGUUACCUAUUUUUGUUUCAUUUGGGGCAUUAGCAUUAUUGGGUCUUGUUCUUCUUGCUGUAUGUUUUCUCUGUCGACAUGGUAAAAGUGAUUCACCGCGUUUAACAACAGAUGGUUCAAGUUUCCUAGGAAGGUCACGUAUUCGCUCCAACUGUCGAGGCAAUCGUAAUUGUUCUGAAACUGAAAGAUUGGACGGAUUUCACGUGAGAGGACAAGGAGUUGGAGCUCCUAAUGACUCAAACCAUGGCAGCAAGCAAAGGAGGGUCCCUGGAAUGGGAGCUGGUAUUAAACUGGGUGGUACGAACGGUUUCCUAAAUGGUAUGCAAGAAGCUUACACAACUACAUAUUGUGGAAGUAAUACGAUUUGCAGCACAAGUGAUGCGAAUGCUAUGAGCGCACCAGCUACGGUUGGGCAUAACAGUGUUUCUUCCAAUCUUAACAACACAAAUGGAGUACUUAAUGACACAUCUAUUUCUGCGGUUGCAUCCGCUAAACAUAAUGGUUCUGCGACGUAUUUUCAGUAUCAAGCUUCUAACUUUUUGACCCCACAAUUGCCUCCUCCUCGAGCCCCUGCACCGCCACCCCAGGAUCACAAUGUUUAA